AUGUCCAAAUCUUGGGGAAAUGUAAUUUUAGCCAAGCAUUUUUACCAAAAAUAUGGGGCUAAUGUGCUCCGUUACCUUUUUUUGAAUAGCCAUUACAACCAAGUAAUUAAUUUCAACGAAAAAUUGCUCCAACAGGCUCAAGACUACACGCAAAAGAUUAAAAAUCUCCUUAAAAGAUUAAAAUUACAUUUUUAUUGGCAAAAAAUAAUUAUUAAUCAGCAAAAAGUUAACAAAAGUAAUCCAUUUUAUCAAGAAGUUAUUCAGGCUUUGGCUAAUAAUCUGAAUACUAUUAAAGUGUUUUAUUACUUAGAGGGAAUAAUUUAUCGUUUAAAUAAGGAAUUAGACAAACAAAAAGAAGCAAACUUAAUCCAAGAAUUAAGUGGCAUUUUUUACUUUAUUUUAGACAUUUUAGGAUUUAAAUUUGAGUUAGUUGCUUAUAAUUGA